CGUCUCAUGACUCCUAUAAGAAUUUGUGACCGAGCUGAGAAGUCGUGGGAGGAGGAGGCAUCAUGACAGCAGUAGAGGCAGAACAUAGAGACAUAGUCAUUGUUGGUGGCGGCAUCUGUGGCCUAGCCACUGCACUUGCUCUUCACAGGAAGGGGAUUAGCAGCCUGGUUCUUGAACGGUCGGAUGCUCUUCGGGCUACCGGGACAGCUAUUGGCAUCCAGACUAACGGUUGGCGGGCGCUCGAUCAGCUAAGUGUCGGGUCGAAGCUUAGACAGACUUCACUUCCUCUCAAAGGAUUUCGCGAUGUGUCGGUCAACAAUACUACAGUGAAGGAGGUUCCUGUCGGGCUUGGAGAAGCACGAUGCUUGAGACGCAGCGUUCUCUUGGAAGCUUUGGCCGGUGAUCUACCAAGCGGGACGGUACGCUUCGGAAGCCACCUGCUAGACAUCGAAAUGGAUCCUGAAACUUCGUAUCCUAUCCUUCGGCUACAAGGCGGCAGCGUCAUCAAAGCAAAGGUCGUGAUCGGAUGCGACGGAGUGAACUCCGAGGUCGCUAACUUCUUAGGUUUGAGGCCUCCAAGAAUGUCCCCCACAUGCAAUGUGAGGGGCUUCGCAAUUUAUCCGGAUGGGCACGGUUACCCUCACGACUUCGUCACGAUAAACUAUAAUCGUGUUUUUCUCGGAAGAAUCCCCCUCGAUGAGAAGUCGGUCUACUGGUUCAUAGCUCGGCCUUGGACACAUCAAGAUUCAACCAUCUCAAAGAACUCUGACCUGAUCAAGCGAUCGACCAUGGAAUCGAUGCUUGGCUUCCCAGCAGAAAUUCUGGAGAUGAUCGAGAAGAGCGAGCCCGAUUCGUUGUCCCUGACAGGCACGAGGUACCGUGCGCCGUGGGACGUACUAUUUGGGAGCUUUAGGAAAGGAACUGUGACCGUUGCUGGGGAUGCCAUGCACGCGAUGGGCCCGUUCCUAGGACAAGGCGGGUCUGCCGCGUUGGAAGAUGCGAUUGUGAUGGCUCGAUGCUUAGCGCCGCAUAUGACUUCCCUAGACCACGGGGAAUUAAGCAAGGAAAGAAUAGGAGGUGCAUUGGACAGUUAUAUAACCGAAAGGAGGAUGAGGCUGGUCCGGUUGUCUGCGAAGACUUACACUAUCGGGUCGCUGCUCGAGUCGACCUCACUGGUUGUGAAAUUGAUCUGCAUUUUGGUGAUAGUUUUGUUCUUCCGAGACCGGCUCGGCCACACGCGAUACGACUGCGGUCGACUGUGAAACCUCGGAACGUUCUUGUUGGUGCUUGUUCUUUGGAUGUGCUCUGAUAUAUAUUGAUUAGUGCUGAAUUGCUUAUUCAUUCGAAUUCCGUUUUCUCUGAUACAAAGAUUGACUCCGGCGACUGAGA